AUGGAAGCUUCAGUUUAUGCAGUGGAGAAAAUAAUCGGUUACACUUUUCAUAACAAGAAGCUUCUAGAACAAGCCCUUACCCACACUUCUUACCCUGAAGCUGUUUCUUACGAGCGUCUUGAGUUCGUCGGCGACGCCAUUCGUGCCACUAAUGUUAGCACCGAGAAACUCGCUCGCGCCGCCAUUCGUCAUGGUCUUCACCUUUAUGUACGGCAUAACACGCUUUUUAUUGUUGAUAUGAUUAACGAGUUUGUCGAUGCGGUUGAGUCUGAGGAUGACUGUGUUGUUGUUAAUUACGGUGGAUCGGUCAAAGCUCCGAAGAUUCUUGGUGAUAUUGUCGAGUCAACCGCAACGACAAACUUUGCUGAAUAUAGAUUUAAGUUUAUUCUAAGAAAUAUUUGUAUGGGUGAUUGUCCAGAAUAA